AUUUUGUGAAACCGGGCACUACAGCCAGCAAGUAAGUUGCUUGUUCCACGCAGCAGAUCAGUCUUCGCUUUGGCGUCUUCUCUCUCGCUCUCCCGAACAGUGACUGCUCCUAAAUCAGCAAAGAUGCCAACAUACAAACUCACAUAUUUCGAUGUCCGAGGUCGAGGAGAGAUAAUCCGUCUGGUGUUCGCACAAGCUGGAGUCGAGUACGAAGACGACCGCAUCGUGGGCUCAACAUGGGAUAGCAUCAAGGGCGAUAGGAAGAGAUUUCCCAUGGGCUGUGUUCCCGUGUUGGAGGUUGAUGGUAUGGUUAUGAUACAAAGCAUGGCCAUAGCACGUCAUCUUUCAAAGAAAUAUGGGCUUGCUGGUAAAGAUGAGAAAGAAAUGGCCGUAGUUGAUAUGGUGAGCGACCUUUGCACUGACAUGCUGAACGAGAUGUUUGAUCUCAUGUUCGAGAAAGACGAAAAAAGAAAGGAGGAAAUGACAACGAAGUUCUUGAAGAAGUCUGAUACUUACAUGGAGGCAUUCACACGCUGUCUGCAGAAGAAUGGUGAUGGAACCGGGUACCUUAUUGGAGAUACGGUUACAUUGGCCGAUCUGGCCCUCUUCAACCUCCUUGAGCAGUUGGCCGCCAAAUACGCUGACAUGUUGACCAAGAACCCACCGAUGCAGGAAUUCCUUGACCGCAUGAAGAAAGAACCAAAAGUCUCCGCCUGGUUGGAGAAGAGGCCCAAAGGAGAAAUGGACAUCUAAAUGAUUCGUUAACCUUUUUUUUGCCUAAUUUUUUUUUUGUGCUAAUUUCCGAAUAGAAUACUUGGGAAAUAGACAAUUUGAAGGGAGUGUGGAAGUGAAACCAUUUUUCAAGUACCCCUCUACUUUUCCAUUGGUCUAAAAAAAUGUUUCUCCCGAUUAUGGAGAGACGGUUCUAAAAUCGGAUUGCCCUCUGGCAAUAUCAAAUAGAAAAGUUAGACCAUAGUUGAAUAAUUAGUGAUUAAAUUGAAAUGAAAGAAUUCUAGAUGAUUUUAUAUUUCAAUGUAUUUUGUAGAUAGUCGCAAAGUAUCUGUCUUAUAUCAGUCGAUUCAUUGUGUAUAUCAGAGUUCAGUUGAGAUGAAUAGCGAGAUACGUUUAUUUAUUACUUUCAACAUUUUAAUAGUUUAGAUCAACAGCACUGUGGAGCAAAUUUGAACCCUUAACCUUGAUUCUUUAACAGUAACUGAGAGUGGCAGAAUACUUUUUUCAAAAUGUACCGAAAGAUUUCAUUAAUAAAUUCUAUUUAAUAUUCAU